AUGGCGACAGUUUCGAUUAAUGCUCCCGGCUUGAGCGGGGGCCUGCUUUAUAACAAUGGGUCGAACAAUGCGAGGGUGUGCAUCACCUCGGAGACGGGCGAGUUCGACAUGGAGACGAUCAAAAACUGGCAGGAUGAAGGGUUCGAUGUCGUUUACCUUCCGUUAGAUGCAGGGGGUAAAGAUUAUGAGAGCCGGUUGAAAGGGGUCAAGGAAGGCUUGGGAGUUGGCGAGAACUAUGCAGUAAUUGCUUAUGGCGAGGCGGCCAAUUAUUGUUUGGAUUACUAUCUGAAAUCGCAAAAUGCUAGUCGUCUCUGUGCGUUGGUCGCAUACUAUCCCAGCGUUAUCCCUGAUACUCGAUCCCGCUUUCCACUCUCCCUUCCUGUGCUGGUGCACCUAGCCGGUGAUACUGUGGACGUCACUACUAUCCCGGUCGCACUGGGCCUGCAAGGCAAGAAGAAACGCAAGACACGCCCUAUCAAUCCCGGUAUUGGAACUGGUGAAAGACUCGAGCUGGCAUACCCGGCUUACACCUAUGAUCAUGCCCAGCCGGGCUUUGCCGAACAUGAUAUGGAGGAGUAUGAUCACCUCGCAGCAGAUCUGGCAUGGACUCGAACAAUCAAGGUAUUGCGCAAGGGGUUCUCAAGGGAGGCAGAUCUGGAGAGAAGAUGGGAGGAGCAUCAAGAGGGCAAAUACUUCGGGUCUAACAUCACCAAGACUAUGGACGCGUAUGUUUUGCAAAAGAAGCCUGCAGUCACGUAUGUUCCCACUGUCAGCGGAGGAAUCGGCACGCAAGCUCUACGCCGCUUCUACGAACACCAUUUCAUCGGCAAGCUUCCCCCUUCUAUGCGUAUUCGUCUGCUCUCGCGAACAACGGGAGCCGAUCGUGUAGUCGAUGAGCUUUACGUCUCAUUUGAGCAUUCCCAAGAGAUCCCAUGGAUGCUUCCAGGAGUCCCUCCCACCAACAAGCGUGUCGAAAUCAUCAUUGUCAGUAUUGUCAGCCUGCGCGGGGGCCGUCUAUACUCAGAGCACACAUACUGGGACCAGGCCAGUGUGUUGGUCCAAGUCGGCCUUCUGGAUCCGAAGCUGGUCCCGCAGUCUGCGCAAGGAGUUGAUCGUCUCCCCGUUGUCGGUCGCGAGGCUGCUCGUCGCAUUCUCCAUGAAAACCCAGAGGAGGAACAAGUGGACUACCACAAUCGCAUGAUUCGGCGUGCCCGAGCUCUCAGGAACCGGAGCGCCCGCGCCUCGCAGGCCGGUGAGGAGUCUGCUGCCGAGUUGAAAAGUGAAGCGGAAACUCCUAUGCCCAUCCGAGAGAAGAAGAAGGGUAAAUCAGUGCAGGAAAAGGGAGACUCAGGACCAGCGCAAAUCGAUGCUAAGGAUGGUGCAGCCGAUGAGUCGAAUGGAAAUGCCGAUGAUGACGAUGGGGCAGUCACUGAGACAGAGUCGACGGCUAAAGCCAAGCCGGAACCUGCCGACCACAAGGCUUUCGUCGAGGAAGGCAGUGACGAGAAUGGGCAGUCAUGA